UGUUAGAGUGGGAUGGGAGAGCAGGGUGGUGAUGAUGAUUGGCCUCUUGGACGCGGCUCCUCUCUAGACUACCUGACCAACACCCUGCCCACUUCUCCUCCACUUCUCACAUUUCCCAACCCAUUUUCUCGCCUGAAUCUACUUCCACUGAUGGACUCUCGGCUGCUGAUCGGCCCGGGUCUCUCUACACCGGACCCGACCACCACCACCGCCGCCGCCGCCGCUGCCGGGACCGUGGAGAGCCGUGCCACCUGGAACAUCAGCUCCGUCAGCGCUCACCGGCUGAUGGAGCUGCCUCCCGUCGCCACUUCUGUGUCCAUUGUUCCCAGUCACCCUUUCCCAACGGUGGACGUACCGGACCACGCCCAUUACGCCAUCGGUGCUGUCAUCAUGGCCGUGGGCAUCACAGGCAUGCUGGGAAACUUCCUGGUCAUGUAUGCCUUCUGCAGGAGCCGGAGCUUGCGUACCCCAGCCAACAUGUUCAUCAUUAACCUGGCCAUUACGGACUUCCUCAUGUGUGUCACACAGACACCCAUCUUCUUCACUACCAGCAUGCACAAGAGGUGGAUCUUUGGAAAAAAAGGUUGUGAGUUGUAUGCAUUCUGCGGGGCGCUGUUUGGCAUCUGCAGCAUGAUAACUCUGAUGGUGAUUGCGGUGGACCGGUACGUGGUGAUCACCCGGCCGCUGGCCUCUCUGGGGGUGAUGUCUCGCAGGAAAGCCCUCAGCAUCUUGGCUGCUGCCUGGCUCUAUUCCAUGGGCUGGAGCCUGCCGCCCUUCUUCGGCUGGAGUGCGUACGUCCCAGAGGGCCUGCUGACAUCGUGCUCCUGGGACUACAUGACGUUCACGCCGUCCGUCCGCUCCUACACCAUGCUGCUCUUCACCUUCGUCUUCUUCAUCCCCCUCUCCAUCAUCAUCUUCUGCUACUGCCGCAUCUUCACAGCCAUCAGGCGCACCACCCGGGCCAUAGCAAAGAUCACCUGUGAGGGGAACAGAGACUCCGUGAAAAGGUUCCACAAGAUGAAGAGUGAAUGGAAGAUGGCAAAGAUUGCGCUCAUCGUCAUCCUGCUCUACGUCAUCUCCUGGGCCCCAUACUCCUGUGUGGCCCUCACUGCAUUCGCUGGGUAUGCUGAUAUGCUGACUCCCUAUAUGAAUUCUGUUCCUGCUGUGAUCGCCAAAGCCUCCGCUAUCCACAACCCCAUUAUCUAUGCUAUAACACACCCCAAAUACAGGUCAGCUAUCAGCAGGUAUGUUCCCUACCUCGGCGCGUUGCUGUGUGUCACUGGUAGAGACCGUUUCAGCAGCAGCAGCUUCCAGUCCACCCGCCGAUCGACCCUCACCAGCCAAUCAUCAGAGAGCACCCGCGUCACCAAGCCCCACCUCUCCUCCCAGUCUGACAGCGAAUCAGCAGGCUUCCCAGACAUGGAGGUGGAGCGGACGCCUGUGAGUCGUCAGUUGUCCAGUGAUGUCAAACAGGUGCACCGUGCAAGCCAGAGGUCAAAGGUGAGGGGUCGCGACUUGGAGGUUUUUGAGAGAGCCGCCACGCAAAACCCCAGCGACCCGUCCACAUGUCGCCUCUCACAGAUCAGUACUCUAGCAGACCCUGAAGGCAUCUCCAUGUCCCACAUCGGCCUGCAGCCAAGCAGCCAUCUGCCUGCCACUCCGGAGUGUGUGAUGGAGGAGCCGGGGUCAAAAGCCGCGUGCAAAGAGACGUCCUCCAUCAUUGUCACCUCCAUCUCCAGCCCCACCCUCUUGGAAAGUCCGCCACGUUUCCACGGCAACCAAGCGGCCAACCUCAAACUGACCAAAAAUCCGAGCUGCAUUGCUAAGGAGCUCCUGGAGAUAGCCAGGCUGGAAACACCACUGCCCUGCGUCGCUGCACAGAAGCGCAACGACAGUGUGUAACGGUGUAACUCAGUGAGUGUGUGUGUGAGUGUGUGUGUGUGUGCGCGCAUGUGCUGUGUUGUGUGUAUGUGCGCCUCAUAGUCCCCUCUGUGGGAAUUUUCUCUACCAGCAUGCUAUUUGCUAUUCAUGGCAUCUGAGAGCCGGUGCACGCUGUCUUUUGUCUUUUUUUGUACAGCGUUGAAGCAUGAGUGUGUGUAUGUGUGUGUGUGUGUGUGAGUGUGAAUGUGUUUACAUACAUUUUCCAACGUGGUGACCUUGGAGCCAAUGGCAGAGGAACAAAUCAGCCUUAGUCAACACACAAUGUGAAAAGAAGUUUUACCCUAUGUGUUCUUGCUCUGUUUUUUUUUUCUACUACACUUGAGGAUGUGCAAAUGUGAACACUGUUAUUAUAUAAUGUUUUCCCAGCUAGUCAUGACACACACACACACACACAUACUACACACAGGACAGGACAAGAGAGGACACAGCCAGCCUCUUUCCCCCCUCUAGCUCUUUGUCAAUGAUUUUUCCGUUGCAGGGAACAUGAGGUAGCUGGGUUGACAGAUCAGGACUCUGUAAAUAUGUCAUAACGCCACAGCACCUCUGCCACCUCUCACCCAGCUCUGUGUGUGUGUGUGUUUGUGUGGGCAUUGUGUUUGCAGGGGCACGGGUUCAUUUGAUAAGUCCAAAGGUCACUGCCGAGAGGUUUGUUUUGCAGGCUGCAUAAGAUCCUGGCCCACUGCCCUAAACUCACAGCGCCACGCCGAUAAGCUGUGUGUGCGUGUGCUGGAUUUCGGUCCCAAUCGCAAAACCUAAUUCGAGAGGCGAGUUAAUGGCUCGCUCCAUAAUUGGCCUCGCAAUGCAACAUGCACAUGCAAACCCAAGGACAUUCAAAAUCCAACUCCAACAACUCUGUUUCCCCUUGCUUGUCACUUUUGGAGUCGCUCCUUUUUGUCCAUGUUGUCCAUGCACACUGUGGUUUCCUUUGAGAUUCCUUAGAUUGCUGCAUCGUUGACUAUGAUUGUAUUAAUCAUUAUAAUGUUGAAAAAGAUCUAGCGAGUGUUUUUUUUUUUUUUUUUUUUUUGUUCUAUGUUGGU